UCUCCCCGGAGCGGCUGGCGCGCCGGCUGGCCGAGGCGGAGGCGCUGCUAGCGGCGCGCGUCUCCGAGCCGGUCCGGGCGCGCUGGCGCUGGGCGGUGAAGCUGGACGAGCCGCCGGACCUGGGGCGCUUCCGCGCGCAGCUGAGCGAGGCCCGGCGCGGCAGGGAGGCGCUGCUGGCCCGGCACGCGGCGCUCCCGGAGGCGGCGCAGGAGCGGCUGCAGGGGCUGCUGCGGCUGGAGAUGGCGCUGCUCCGCGGCAUCCAGGCGCUGGGCGCGGGCCCGGACCCAGGCGGCGAGCGGCCGGGCGGCGGGGGGGGCCUGGCCGGCGCGGCGGCGGCGGCGGCGGCGGGCCGGAGCCGGCGCAGGAGGCCGGGCGGCGGCGCGGGGCGGGCGGCGCUGCUGGGGCUGGUGGCGGCGCUGGAGGGCGCGGAGGGACCGGGCCUUCCCGCGGGCGCAGCGCGCGCUCUGCGACCCGCCUUGGAGGCGCUCCUGGAGAAGCGGCCGCGGGAGGCCCUCCGGGCGCUGGAGCCGCUGCUGCGGGAGGAAGGGCGCGCCCGGCCGAGGCGGCUGCUGGCCCUGGGCGAGGCCCUGCAAGAGGAAGGCUGGGCGCAGCGCCCCGACGGGAUGCCCCUGGACGAGCUGCGCCCGCUGCUGGAGAAGGCGCUGGGCCUGGCGAGGGAGGCGGCGAGCUGGCCUGCUGCCGCCCUGGAGAGCGCUGUGCGGGCACGCCCGCUGGAGAAGGAGGUGGAGGUGGAGGAUGGGACCUUGCCAAAAGGCCCCCUGCAUGAGGGAGGUCAGGGGCACAGGGCCCGCCAAGAGGCCCCUGGAGAGAGCUUCCCAAAAGGCCCCCACCAGGAGCAUCUUGCACAAGAAAAGACGGUGUCCAUGUGGGGGAAGGUGGAGGACCUUCAGGAUGCCCUGCGGGAAACCACCAGGAGGAAGAUGGGUGCUCUGUCCUGCAGCUUGCUGGACCAGGGCCCCCGGAAGAUGUGCAGCCACCUCCACCGCCUUUGCCGCCAGUGGCUGCAGCCAGAAAGGAACACGAAGGCGCAGAUGCAGGACUUAGUGAUCCUGGAGCAGUUCCUGGCUGUCCUGCCCGCCGAGAUGCAGAGCUGGGUGCGGGAGUGUGGAGCAGAGACCAGCUCCCAGGCGAUGGCUCUGGCCAAAGGCUUCCUCCUGAGCCAGGCGGAGGAGCAGAAGGAGCAGGGAGAGAUGCAGGUGCAUCAGGUCCAGAGACCUGACUUCAAGUCAGUUUCUGAAAAUCCCGAGGAAAGGAGGGAUCUGCCUGAUCCUUCCCAGGAGCUGCUCUUCAGAGGGAUCUUCCAUGAAGAUCAAAGUCAGGACACCUCCUCCGGGCAUGAAAAGUUGGCAGUCAUAGGUUCUUCUCCUUUUUCUGGUGGAUCUGAAAGAGCAGUUGAACCCCCAACUCAGGUUCUGGUGUCUUUUGAGGAGGUGGCUGUGUAUUUCUCCGAGGAGGAGUGGUCUCGGCUUGAUCCCGACCAAAAAGCCCUGCACAGAGAAGUCAUGCUGGAGAACUCCAGGAAUGUGGCCUUUCUGGGAAAUAACGUGCAAGAAAACAAGGAAGCCGUCCAAAUGUUCAGGCAUCAAGGGAAAAGAGAGGAGUUUGGAAAUCCAAAGGAACCAAAAGGGCAGGAGGGAAAUCUUUCAAAAAAUGGGAGUAAGAGCAGCUCAAAUUUCCCAUCCGCUGAAAUUCAAGACUUUCUUCCCCAGCAGGAUCAGAAAAAAAAAAUAAAAGUGGAAAGUGUGGAAGCAUCUGAAGAGGGCUUAGAUUUAGAUGAACAUUACACAAUUCAAAGUAAAGAAGAGGAUCUAUCUCAAGAGGAUAAAAAAAAUUACAAUUCGACUACUAGCCUUUCUUUACGUGGAAAAGCCAACAUGGGAAAUAAACGAUAUAAAUGUACAGCGAUUGGAAAGCAUGUAAAUGAGAGCAGUUCCUUUACAACCAAUGAAAGGAUCCACUCGGGGGAGAAACCAUAUAAAUGUGUGGAAUGUGGAAAGAGUUUCAGCCAGCGCAGAUACCUUACUUCCCAUAAAAAAAUCCACACGGGGGAGAAACCAUAUAAAUGCACGGAGUGUGGAAAAAGCUUUACUCAGAAGGUUACUCUUAAUUCCCAUAAAAUGAUUCACACAGGAGAAAAGCCGUAUACAUGCAUGGAGUGUGGAAAGAGCUUCAGAAAGAGCACUCAGCUUACUUCCCAUCAAAGGAUCCACACAGGAGAGGGAACAUAUAAAUGCAUGGAAUGUGGAAAGAGCUUUACUCAGAAGUUUACUCUUAAUUCUCAUAAAAUGAUCCACACAGGGGAGAAGCCAUAUACAUGCAUGGAGUGUGGAAAGAGCUUUACUCACAAAGUUACUCUUAAUUUCCAUAAAAUGAUCCACACAGGGGAGAAGCCAUAUACAUGCAUGGAGUGUGGAAAGAGCUUCAGAAAGAGCACUCAGCUUACUUCCCAUCAAAGGAUCCACACAGGAGAGGGAACAUAUAAAUGCAUGGAAUGUGGAAAGAGCUUUACUCAGAAGUUUACUCUUAAUUCCCAUAAAAUGAUCCACACAGGGGAGAAGCCAUAUACAUGCAUGGAGUGUGGAAAGAGCUUUAGGUGGAGCACUCAGUUUACUUCCCAUCAAAGGAUCCAUACAGGAGAGGGAACAUAUAAAUGCAUGGAAUGUGGAAAGAGCUUUACUCAGAAGGAUACUCUUAAUUCCCAUAAAAUGAUCCACACAGGAGAGAAGCCAUAUACAUGCAUGGAGUGUGGAAAGAGCUUCAGGAAGAGCAAUUCCUUAACAUACCAUCAAAGGAUCCACACAGGAGAGAGACCAUAUAAAUGCAUGGAAUGUGGAAAGAGUUUCAGCCAGCACAGUCAUCUUAAUUCCCAUAAAAAAAUUCACACAGAGGAGAAACCAUAUAAAUGCACAGAGUGUGGAAAGAGCUUUACUCAGAAGGUUACUCUUAAUUCCCAUAAAAUGAUUCACAGAGGGGAGAAACCAUAUUCAUGCAUGGAGUGUGGAAAAAGCUUCAGGAGGAGCAGUUACUUAACAUACCAUCAAAGGAUCCACACCGGGGAAAAACCAUAUAAGUGCAUGGAGUGUGGAAAGAGCUUCAGUAUAAGCAGUUACCUUACAUACCAUCAAAGGAUCCACACAGGGGAGAAGCCAUAUAAAUGCAUGGAGUGUGGAAAGAGCUUCAGGAGGAGCAGUCAGCUUAUUUCCCAUCAAAGGAUCCACACAGGGCAGAAACCAUAUAAAUGUGAUGAGUGUGGGAAGAGCUUUACCCAAAAUAUUCAACUGACUUCCCAUCAGAGGAUCCACACUGGAGAAAAGCCAUAUAAAUGCAUGGAGUGUGGAAAGAGCUUCAGGAGGAGCAGUCAGCUUAUUUCCCAUCAAAGGAUCCACACAGGAGAGGGACCAUAUAAAUGCUUCGAUUGUGGGAAGACCUUCAGGUGGAGCACUAAGCUUACUUCCCAUCAAAAGAUCCACAGAGGGGAAAAACCAUAUAUGUGCACAGAGUGUGGAAAGAGCUUCAGCAAGAGCAGGUCCUUAACAUACCAUCAAAGGAUCCACACAGGGGAGAAGCCAUAUAAAUGUAUGGUGUGUGGAAAGGGCUUCAGCCACCUCAGUAAUCUUUCUUCCCAUAAAAGGAUCCACACAGGGGAGAAGCCAUAUAAAUGUAUGGAAUGUGGAAAGAGCUUUACUCAAAAUAUUCAACUCACUUCCCAUAAAAGGGUCCACAUGGUGGAGAAACGGUAUGAAUGUAUGGAGUGUGGAAAGACUUUCAGUGAGAGUGUUUCCCUUGCUUUCCAUAAAAGGAUCCAUACAGGAAAAGCCAUAUAAGUGCAGAAAGUGUGGAAAGAGCUUCAGCUUGAGCAGUUCCCUUACUAUAAAAGGAUCCGCACGGGGAAAAGCCAUAGAAAUGUACAGAAUGUGGAAAAAGCUUCAAUACAACCAGCUAUCUUGCUUGCCAUAUACAUGCAUGUAGUGUCAAAAGAGCUUUACUCAAAAAAUUCACCUGAUGUUCCAUAAGAUAAUGCACAUAGGGGAAAAGCUGUAUACAUGCAUGACAUGUGCGAAGAUGUUCAGUGACAGCAUUUCCCUUACUUUACAUAAAAGGAUCCACAUGGGAAAACCCAUAUAAGUGAAUGGAGUGCGGACGCAGCUUCAGUAUGAACAGUUCCCUUACAUGUCGUAAAACCAUCCCCACAGGGAAGAAAUCUGUGGAGUGUGGAAAGAGCUUUACACAGAACGUUCAACUUGCUUAUUAAAUGAUCCAUACAGGGGAGAAGCCAUACAAAUGACAGUGUAGAAAAAGCUUCAAUACAACCAGCUACCUUGCUUGCCAUAAAAGAGGAGAAACAAUAUAAAUGUAUGGGGUGUGGAAAGAGCUUUACUCAAAAUAUUCAACUCACUUCCCAUAAAAGGAUCCCCACAGGGAAAGAAAACACUGUAGAAAUGUGAAGAAUGUGGAAGCAGCUUUACUGAAAAGCUUCAACUUACUUCCCAUAAAAGAAUCCACUUGAGGGAGAAACCAUAUAAAUGCAUGAAAUGUGGAAACAGCUUCUGUAAAAAUGAGUCCCUAACUCUUCACAAAAGGAUCCACGCUGGGGAAAAGCAAUAUAAAUGCUUGGAAUGUGAAAAGAAGUUCCACAAAAAUCUGACACCAUCAGUUCAGAGGUCCAGCACUAGAGCUUCAGGAAUGUCCACUUCCAGGGGAAAAAGGGGCCCUGAGGGAUUUGCAGCUGCCUCCUCUGCCUUUGCUGUCAGUGGCUGAAGCCAGAAAGACACAGAAAGGGUCAGACGCUGGACCUGGUGCUCCUGCAGCUAUUCCCAUGUGUUGCCCAGGUCAAAGGCUUCCUCCUGAGCCAGACAGAGAAGCAGGAGCAGGAAGAGCUGCAGGUGAGAGACCUUCACCUGGCAGACUCAAAAUGGUAUUUAAAAUAAUAAACAACAGUCUGUCUGAAUUCUUAAA